GAUAUCCAUGUCCUUCCGUGAACUAGCCGUCUAUGGUCUCCGUGGGUACGACCCUCGUUGCUCGGCUUCCGGAAAGGCGAGGAGUAACGCUGCUUGUUUACGGAUCGUUCGUUCCAUAUCAGCGAUGGCCUCGAUGUUUUCUUGCUGCCUGGGAUGCUGUGGGGAAGGAUCAUCGGGACACAUCCCUAUGAAGGAGAUGCCCUCGGUCCAGUUGGACACCCACCAUAUGGGUACCGAUGUGGUCAUCGUUAAGAGUGGGAGAAGGAUAUGUGGAACUGGCGGUUGCCUUGCCAAUGCUCCGCUUCACCAGAACAAGAGUUAUUUUGAAUUCAAGGUUCAGUCUACAGGUGUGUGGGGAAUUGGUGUGGCUACCCAGAAGGCCAACCUGAAUCAAAUACCGUUGGGGAGGGAUAUUCACAGCCUGGUGUUGAGACACGAUGGGUCAGUCUUCCACAACAAUGAAGAAAAGAACAGGCUCCCUGCCAACAGUCUUCCACAGGAAGGCGAUAUCGUGGGUGUCACGUAUGACCAUGUAGAGCUGAAUUUAUAUUUAAAUGGAAAAAAUAUGCACUGCCCAGCCUCAGGAAUUCGUGGGACGGUUUACCCAGUGGUUUACGUGGACGACAGCGCUAUAAUUGACUGCCAGUUCAGUGACUUCUACCACACUCCCCCUCAAGGUUUUGAAAAGAUCUUAUUUGAGCAGCAGAUCUUCUGAUCUGUGGGCCAUGUCUCUAUAGGAGCCUGCAGCCAGUCGACCCUGUUGCUUCCCCCCCCGUCUCUGAGCUGGAACUGCAGAUUUCUAUGACCCACAAAUUCUUGCCCAGUCUGGCUUGAGUGUCCUCUGUGAGUGUUGUAUAUUCAGGCUGUUCCACGUCCCUUUGUCAGGCGAAAGUAUCGCUUUCAGAUAUUACACUUGCCUCUGAUUGCCUCAUGUAUUUGCUGCUGCCGUUGGUGUUGCUUUGUUUUAAAGAAUAACUAACAGUUGUUAACACAAGUCCUCAAGAGCCGAAGGCUUCGUGUCUGCUGGCUGCGAUUGUAAACACUUUCACCGUCGAAAGGCCAUUAUUUAAGUUUAUUUUGUGGAUAUACAGUGACACUAACAUUGCAAAAUGGUGAUACUGGCAGUCAGUGGGUCCUCCCAAAGAGGAGAUGCUGCAUCCAUAAUCUGUAUUUUUUAUUUAUUUUAUUUUAAUUUUUUUUCCCUACCAGUGUGUUUGUGCACACAUGUGGAUUUGUGUUGUCCAUCAUUGUCAUGUAGCUUUCCAGGCCUCGGCUCGCCAUGGGGAAAAUGGCAAGUGGUUUAAAAGCCAUGAUUUUCAUUUACUUCUUACAGAUGUGUACAUCAGGUGGGUUUUUGUUAGUAGCUUUUUGCUUAAUGUGAGCUUUAUCUGUUUGGAAAUAUUUAAUCUCCUGGAGGAUUGGCAUAAACAUGCCUAUUGUAAUGUCUGUCAAUUUAAUAGUAGUUCUUAAAAUAUUUUAUAUAUGUAAAUGUAAUGAUUGCAGACAGUUUUACUUCAUAAGUUUAAAUUUUAUUUUAAAUGUUUUUUUAUUUUUUACUUGGUAUCACAUGGAAGGACCCAGCUAAAUGAAUGAGUUUGGUUUGUUUACAGAUUCAGGGAGUAUUAAAAAAUAAAUAAAUAAACAUUUAAAUAUUAAGUUUUUGCACUGAAGGGAUCUGAGUGUUCAAAACCAAAUCUUUGAUUCUGCACUAAUAAACUUUUUUUUCCUCCCCAGU